GGCUGCACUGCUGUUUUUUUUUCAGGGUGACCAAACCACAGAUUUGGGUGCUAAGAGGAUUGUGAGUUAGAUGCCAUAUUAGUAUAUAAUUCAUAAUGGGAUCCCCUGUGAAGAAAACUGUAGAACUCUUCUAUGAUGUGAUAUCACCCUAUUCUUGGCUAGCCUUUGAAGUAUUAACCAGGUACAAGACAAAAUGGAAUAUGGACUUACAACUGAAACCUUUUUUUCUUGGUGGCAUUAUGCAAGGGGCAGGUAAUAGACCACCUGGUCUGGUGCCAAACAAGAUGGCUUACAUGGACCAAGACUUGAAGAGAUUAGGAGGAUAUUUUAGGGUACCUUUAAAAGCUCCAUCGGAUCCAGCAGAUGUAAUGUUCAACAAGGGAUCACUGGCUGCCAUGAGGUAUGUCCUGUCCGUGGACUUGUUACAGAAGGAGAAGACAGAACCAAUCAGUAGAGAGUUCUGGAUGCGGGUCUGGAGUAGGGAUGAAGACAUUACAAAGCCUGAGAGUUUUCUACAGGCAGCUGCCAAAGCUCAACUUUCUGAUGAUGUUGCAAAAACUGCAUUAGAAAAAAUGACCACAGAUGAAAUUAAAAACAAGCUAAAGGCAAAUACACAAGAAGCUCUCGACAUGGGGACUUUUGGAGCUCCCACCAUCAUAUUGCACAAAGAUGGAGAGAAACAUCUUUUCUUUGGAGGGGAUAGGUUUGAAUUAAUGGCACACAUAAUGGGAGAAAAAUGGGAAGGUCCUCUUCCAGAACUCAGUAAGAUGUAAAUUAAAUUGUGAGGAUUUGAAAAAC